AUGGCGCCUCAACUUGAACCUUUUUUCCAACAGGUUGACAACCUGUCAUCUUCUUUCGUUGACCGGUUGCGAAAGGCCGUUGCUAUUCCGUCCAUUUCUGCCCAGGAUGAGAACCGAAAGGAUGUUUUCAGAAUGGCAGAAUUCUUGGCCUCGGAGCUGAAAGCCCUAGGAGCUGAGGUGGAGCAACGACCGCUCGGCAAGCAGCCGGGAAAAGAGCAUCUCGACCUUCCCCCAGUAGUCAUCGCGCGUUACGGCAACGACAAGAAUAAGCGGACCAUCUUGGUCUACGGCCACUACGACGUGCAGCCUGCUUUGAAGGAAGAUGGCUGGGCUACGGAGCCUUUCGAGUUGACGGAGGAUAGCCAGGGGAGGAUGUACGGCCGUGGAAGCACCGACGAUAAGGGCCCUGUUUUGGGUUGGCUCAAUGUGAUUGAAGCGCACAAGAAAGCCGGAAUUGAGCUACCUGUGAACCUUCUCUGCUGCUUUGAAGGAAUGGAAGAGUAUGGCUCAGAAGGUUUGGAGGAGUUUAUCCAAGCCGAGAGCAAGAAGUUUUUCAAGGAUGCCGAUGCCGUUUGCAUCUCUGAUAACUACUGGCUUGGUACCGAGAAGCCGUGCCUUACCUACGGAUUGCGCGGCUGUAACUAUUACUCCAUCAGUGUCUCGGGUCCUGCCCAGGACUUGCACAGUGGAGUCUUUGGUGGCUCUGCUCAUGAGCCCAUGACCGACCUUGUCCAAAUUCUGUCCAAACUUGUCGAUACGCACGGCAGAAUCCAGGUGCCCGGGCUCAUGGACCUCGUCGAGCCAUUGUCGGAGGAAGAGAAGCUCCUGUACCCCAACAUCAGCUACACGAUGGAAAAUCUGCACGAGUCAUUGGGCAGCGAAACUGGCAUCCACCCGACCAAAGAGGAAACUCUCAUGGCCCGGUGGAGAUACCCAUCUUUGUCUAUCCACGGCGUUGAAGGUGCAUACUCGGCACCCGGGGCCAAAACAGUCAUCCCGGCCAAAGUCAUCGGAAAGUUCUCCAUUCGCACUGUCCCGAACAUGGAAAGCGCAGAUGUCAACAAACUCGUUUUCGAUUACAUCCGAGCAGAAUUCGCCAAGCUUAACAGCAAGAACACCAUGGAUGUUUGGCUCCAGCACGACGGAAAGUGGUGGGUUGCCAGCCCGAAACAUUGGAACUUCUCGGCCGCAAGCAAGGCUGUGAAGCAAGUAUUUGGCGUUGAGCCAGACAUGACCCGUGAAGGUGGCAGCAUCCCCGUCACUCUGAGCUUUGAACAAGCAACGGGUAAAAACGUUCUGCUUUUGCCCAUGGGCAGCUCAACAGACGCAGCUCACUCCAUCAACGAGAAGCUUGAUAGAAGGAACUAUAUUGAGGGCUCCAAGCUGCUCGGCGCCUAUCUGCAUUACGUUGCGGAGGAGCCCACGGAGGCUUGA